AUGUCUUCUACCGAUAAUUAUUACAUUGAAAUUCUUAACAAUAUACCCAUCUAUCUUCAUAAAUAUUUUGUUACAUUCCUUUAUAUUAUUGGAAAUAUUGGUAAUUUAUUAGCUAUCUUCGUUUUCUUCAAAAGAUCUUGGAGAAAAAAUGUUUGUGUCUUUUAUUUUCUUGUUUGUCUAUUUUCUAACACUAUUUUCAUUAAUUCAACUUUACUUGGAUCUAUUUUUACUCUCGGUUUUAACAGUACUAUUCAAAAUUCUAGUGUGAUUUUAUGUAAAUUUUUCUAUUAUGUAUCUUAUCUUACUUCUACAUAUUAUCCAAUUAUACUUAUUCUUGCAUCAAUUGAUCGUUUAUUAAUUUCAUCUCAAAAUAUUGAUACACGUUUAUAUAGCUCAAAACGUUUAGCAUAUUUUUCUACAUCUAUAGCUACUUUUACCUGGAGCACUUUCGCUUUACAUAUACUUAUCAAAGUUAAUAUUCAAGAAAUGUAUCCAGGGAUUUUUAUUUGUUAUUAUGAUCUUUCACAAUUUUAUCUCAACUUUUUUACUUAUUCCACUGUGGUGCAAUCUGUUCUUGUACCGUUUAGCAUGAUUAUUCUGUCAGCUAUUGCUUUUAAAAAUGUUCGUCGUAUACGUGCUAUACCACGACAAGAACGUCGUCAAAUUCGAACAAUGAACAAAAAAGAUUUUCAAUUACUUCGUUGUCUAUAUAUCCAGAAUAUUAUUUAUAUUACCUGUAAUAUUGUCUUAAGUGUUGGUAUAGUGUAUGCUACUGCAAUAAGAUACGAAACAGCAACACCUUUGCAACAAGCUCUAAACAACUUUUUAAAUAAUUUUGGUUCUGUUCUUCAUGAUAUUCCUUAUUGUACAAAUUUCAUUACAUUUAUUUGUGUAUCAAAAGCUUUUCGUCUGGAAGUCAAACGGUUGAUUUUUAAAAUGGUCCGUAAAGAUUUGACAACAAUACGAGAAGAAGAAAACAAUCAACAAGAAGCGGUAAAAGACAAUAUAGAACUAAACCAUGCUAUCAGUACUAUUGAUGUUAAUGCUUAA